UUAACUUUGGGACGCAGAUCGGAUAUACUUAAAGGAAUGGAGUUUGUUUUCUUGGAUAGGAAGACACCUGAUAAAGAGAUCCUGGAGUACUCCUAAAACUGCCAGACAGUUUCGGCAACCGCAUCUGAGUAUUCCUCAUUCCUGGUGAUAUUUGGACAUAACUAGGAGGCUGUAAUAAGGGAGCAAUGAGCGGCGAAUCGGAGAUUUCUAGAGAGUUACUCGAGAGUGUGAAGGAUGCUGUGGGUAGGAGGCUCAAGUUGACCCUGAAAAGAAAGGUCAAACUGGAGGUCAGAGGGGAUAAACUGGAGAGCAGAGUACUGGCUCUGACGGCACGGCGAGGCUACAUACUCUCCACACGUGUUCCCUCCAAGAUUGAACAAACCUUCAGUUACUUGGACAUUCAAGGAAUUUCCAGCAACAAGCCCUGUCAGUUGCUGGUGGAAUAUGACAGAGGCUGUGUCCCACUGAAACUCAGCUCCACUGAAGAGGUUGACGAGGUCAUAGGUCACAUUGGGGUCAACCUACAGGGCAUCUGUCCUGGACUGUCACCAGAGAGGCUGAUGAAGAAGCUGUCUUUGAAGCCGGUGGAGAGGUUGUCCAGCCUAAAGGCAUUAUGGGAGAAUCAGAGUCCUGCUGACUCCGGACCGUGUGGGGGUUUCUCUCAUAUGUACUGGUGUGUGUGUGAUCAGAUGGGAAUACCCUACAGGGAGGAGGUUCAGUGGGACGUGGACACAAUCUAUUUAACACAAGACACACGAGAACUCAACCUGCAGGACUUCAUUCACCUAGAAAACAGAGACUUGGUCGCCAUCACUGGAGUGUUGGAAUAUAACCAGUGGUUCACUAAACUCUCCUUAAAGGACUACAAACUGUCCACAGAUUUGUGUGAUCAGAUACUGAGGGUAGUGGCUCGGUCCAGCCGACUGGAAGAACUGGUUCUGGAGAAUACAGGGCUCAAAGCUGAUUUUGCUCAGAAACUGGCCAGUGCUUUAAGCAGUAACCCCAACUCUGCUCUCCACACACUCAACUUUACCAACAACUCACUGGAGGACAAAGGGAUUGCUGCACUGAGCCCUCUCCUGGCCAAACUCCACACAGGGCUUCGAUAUUUGAACCUGUCCAGGAACUCACUCUCAUCUAAGGGUGUGAAUGUUCUGGCCCAGUGUCUCUGUUCAAACUCCUCCAUUUCAAACACACUCACCCACCUGGACCUGUCCGGAAACGCUCUGAGAGGAGACGACAUUCCGCACCUGUGGAGUUUCCUGGGUCAGCCCAACUGUCUCCAGACUCUAGACCUGUCCUGCAGUGACUGCCCCCUGGACCUGGUGUGUUCUUCUCUUCUGCGAGGCUCUCUAAAGCAUCUGUCUGUUCUCAACAUGUCAAAGAGUGUCUUCUGUCUCAAGAAGGGGAAGGAGGUCCCCUCCUCCUUUAAACAGUUCUUCAGCAGUGCUUUAGCCCUGAGCACCAUCAGCCUGGCAGGAACCAAACUCCCUCCGGACGCCCUGAAGGCGCUGUUACUGGGACUGGCCAGUAACCCCAGUCUCAAAGCCGUGUCUCUGGAUCUGAGCAGCUGUGAGCUGAGGUCUGCUGGGGCCCAGAUUCUGGAGGGCUGCAUCGCAGAGAUACCCAAUAUCUCCAGUCUGGACAUCUCUGAUAACGGUUUCGACUCUGACCUUACGACCCUUCUCGUCUGGCUGUCCAAAAACCGCUCCAUCCGCCACCUCUCCCUGGGCAAGAACUUCACCAACAUCAAAUCAAAAAACCUUGGGCAUGUCCUCAACAACCUGGUCCACAUGAUACAGGAAGAGGAGUCACCGCUGGUCUCUCUCUCUCUGGCCGAUUCAAAGCUGAAGAGUGACCUGUCCAUGGUCCUGAACGCUCUGGGCAGUAACAGCUCGCUCACCCGGCUCGACAUCAGUGGCAAUGGGAUGGGGGACAUGGGAGCCAAGAUGCUCGCCAAAGCUCUACAGAUCAACACCAAACUCAGGACAGUGAUUUGGGACAAAAACAACGUCAGCCCACAAGGUCUGCAGGAUGUCGCUGCUGCUCUGGAGAAGAACUACACUAUUCGCUUUAUGCCUGUGCCCAUUAUAGAUGCUGCCCAGGCCCUGAAGGCCAGCCCAGAGAAAACAGAGGAUGCCCUGAUGAAGAUGGAGCAGUAUCUAUUGAGAAAUCAUGAGACCAGACGUUAUCUACAGGGACAAGCCUACAGACUACAGCAGGGCAUAGUCACCUCUACCACACAGCAGAUGAUUGACAGAAUGUGUGUGAAGGUUCAGGAUCAUUUGAACUCUCUGCGUUACACUGAGUCAGACUCUGUACUUGAGGACAUGAGAGUGGCUGAAAACCUGAUGAAGGACGCCAGGAACGGCAAAACACUUUUGCCCAGUAUGUACCACCUGCGUGCUGGCUGGCGUGGGGAUGACAUGUGUGAGGGGCCGUGUGUCAGUGCUAUUCAGGAAAAACUGGAGUCGAUGGCAGGAGAGGUCACCUCAGUUAUCCAUCAGCAGCUACAGGGUUUGUUGGUGUCUAUGGUGGAGACAGCAGACAGUGUGUGUCCACAUGUGAUGAAAAAGGCUAAUCUGAGACAGGAGCUGUUCAAAGUCAGCGCAGACAAGAUGACCAUCCCACAAGACUUUGUCUCCACCACGCUUCUAGAACAGUCUGCUGUGGACAUCAUCAACAAGAUCAGUGAGGUGAAACUCAGCAUGGCCUCCUUCCUGUCCGACCGCAUUGUUGACGAGAUUUUAGAGUCUCUCUCCCACUCUCAAAACACACUGGCGGAGCACAUUAGUCGCAAAGGCCAGCUUUUACUGCAUCAGGAUUCGGAGGAGACAGAGGUUCUGGAUGAACGAAUAUUACACACAGACCACCGCAAACCCACAGAAGCAGAUCACAAUGAGGAACUGGACUCUUGUUUGAUGACACCACAGUCAAAGAGGAAAAGUAUUCUCUUCAGGAUGACAAGACCUGUGUCUGUCGCCUUUGAAAUGGAAUUUGACUUGGAUAAGGCCCUGGAGGACAUUCCCAUUCACAUGGAGGACCCUCCUCCUCAUCAGUCAACGCUAGAGCGGGAGCCGCUGAUUGGAUUUGGGGAUCUGCCCGUCUCAGAGGGCCCCAAGUUGCAGCACAUCACCAAACUCCGCCCCAAAAGAAAUAAGAAGAGCCAACCAGCCACAGUGCCGGCGGUCUGUACUGCUCCUGAACCCGAGGUGGAGCAGAACUUUCAUCUGGACAAACUGGACGAAGGGGUGGAUGAAUUCUUUACAAGAAAAGUCACGAAAAUCGAAACCAAACAUUCCUCGUUGAAAAGUCCCACCCCUCAGGAGGGAGACAGGAGGAGGGAAUCACGCAUGAGUGGCUUUUUCAACCUAAUCAAACCUCGCUCAGCAACCAAACCUUCUCCCCCUUCACCCCACCCUGCCGUUACCAUGCCGACAGACAACAGCACCUCCAGCCAGGCCAGUGUCAAAAGCCCCUCCCUCCCCUCUCCAACUGAACCAGUCAAAACACAAUCCUCUGAGCCACUGGGCAGCAAUGACACCAACCCUCCAGAAGAGCAAAGAACCACUGAGCAUAAAACAGAGCCCCACAUUGAGAAGGAGGGGCGGGACUGUGUUCUGAUUGGCCGACACAUGGGCGUGCAAGUGAUGGGCGGCGGCCUCCUGGCAGAGAUGAAAGCCAGACAGGAAAAGAAAUCAGCAAGACCACAGAGAGCGACUGAAGCAGCAGCAUUGGCACAGAAACCAGAGUAUGACACUGGUUCUCCUGAAAUAACCGCCCAGAAAGAUACUCGACCAGAACCUCAGCCCCGCACACACCUUCCCAUCACCCCCACCAAACCAUCCAGCCCAGUCCCUAAACCCAAACCGCCACUGGGCCCGCGAACCUCCGGACCGGUCAGCCCGACACCCCAGAGCUCACACACAGCAGAGGGCCCCUCAGACAAGAAUUCAGAGUCACCGAAAGUGCCUUUACCUGCUCCACGCCAGAAGGGGGCGCUGUCGGUUUCAGAGGGAGAAGAGCAGAGCAGUCCUCUCUCUGAGAGCCCUGAAGAGGAACAGUCACAGAGUGGUGAGGGCAGCGUGUUUGAUGCAGAGCUGGACGGUAUCAGCUCUGAGAAGGCUUGGGCCAAACAGAGGUCAUCUCUGCGAUCCACAGCCAACCACGCCGAAGAAAACAACCAACACCAGCGCUCCCAGUCCCUCCCUACAGCUGUGGGAACACUGAACACACAACAGUCUGCCCAGGGUCCCAACCUCAAAGCGCUGGACUCAGAUGGUCUGCCCUCUGACCCUGAGGAAAACUUGCCUGAAGGGGACACGACCUCUGACCUAACGUCACCUAACACAGAGAACCAAUCGAUGGAUACAGUCGCCGUAUAGACAUUAUUUCAAUAUACUGACAUCAUCCCAGUGUAAUGUACAUCAUUCAUGUGGCUACUUCACAUCUUAAACUGAAAUGAAACGGCUCUUAGGGAGCUUCACCGCUACUUUGACUGAAUACAGAAUAAACACGCACCUUAUAAGGCCUGAUGCACAGCCGCAGCCGAUCUGAAAGUACUAAAGUGCAGUCUGUCCUCUGUCAUGCUUUCCUAUACUGGUCAGGUAUAGCUCCUGCAGUUUGACUGAAUUUUCAUUUUAAGAAAAACUUACCUUGUGCACAACUUCCUCUGCUGUGAACUGGAUGAAUAAGUUAACAAUUUCCCCAAACUUUUGGUAAA